AUGGUCGUCGUAACGUACCAGAAGGAAUGCGACGUCAUCCAGCCCGCCCUGCCAGGUAUCCAGCACGCCACGCCACUUUUCCUCUUUCACGACGGCGGCGGCACUACUUUCGCGUACCACUGCCUUCACUCGCUCAACCGCGCCGUCUUCGCCAUCGGGAACCCCCAUUUUCAAUCUGGCACGGCGUGGGAUGGCGGCAUACCGGAGAUGGCGAGGGUGUAUCUGCGCAUGAUUCGCAACACCAUCGCGUCGGCCGAUUAUCCCACCAUGGCACCGUACUCGGUCGCGGCCGACGGCUCGAAGAAGUGGAAGAUUCUGCUGGGAGGCUGGAGCCUGGGAGGGCUCACGUCCAUCGAAGUUGCGCGCCUUGUCAACACGGGCGGGAACGAGCUCGGCUUGAGUGAGGAUUCGGGCGGCGUAGAGGUCGAGAUCGUUGGGCUGGUGAUGAUUGACAGCAUCUAUCCGGUCUGGCCCGCCAACUCGGACCUCAAGAUUGGGAUUUGGAUGGACGGCGACGAGCCCGAGGCGAAGAACCAGAGGCUGGCGAAACGGGCGAUGAAGGUGGCCGGCAAUAUGGUCAAGGCGUGGAGGAUGCCGAGGUGCGGCGCUGCUUUCAGGAACGCCAUGGACCAUUUGGAAUCGGACGGCGGAGAGGAAGUCUACAGGUCGUUUUACGGGACCCGGAAGGAGAAGGAGACGCCCGAGGUCAUCUGGGACAGGCCGCCUAGAGCCGUGCUGGUGAGGGCGACGGAAAGCAUAGAGAUGCCCCCGGGGGAGACGAGUGCCACCGAUGUGUAUCGCGGAGAUCAGAAGUUGGGGUGGGAUGGGUACUGUCCUGGGUUUGUGGAGAAGGUUUUGCCCACCAAGGGGAACCAUUUCAACAUGUUUGCUUGGGAACAUAUUGACGAGAUUACGGCGAGGGUUGUGGAGGCGUGUCGGAUCAUAGAGAACGGCAAUUAA